AAAAUUUUCCAUUUAAUAGAAAUCGGAAAUAAAAUUGCUGGUUUCAGACAAUUCCUAAAUCCCUUUUUCGUCGAUUUCCCUCACUUCCAGUUAUUCAAGCUAUUAACCUGAUCCGAUAAUCCCAGAUUGUGAUGCAAGAGGUUUCUAUUGAAAUAGAGAAUCCAGAAGGUGGAUCAGAAGGUAUCAGUCGAAUGAGACAACCGCAAGAGCCACUGAUACAUGGACUUCCCGAUGAUAUCGCGCUUUUAUGCUUGGCUAGAGUCCCUCGAGAAUAUUAUACUGUCCUGAAGUUUGUUUCUAGGAGAUGGAGGGAUUUGGUGCACGGUGAAGGGUUGCAUGCUCAUCGUAAAAAGCAUAAUUUAGAUGAAACUUGGAUUUAUGCUUUAUGUCGAGACAAGUUUGAGCAGGUUUGCUGUUAUGUAUUGGAUCCCAAUUCUUCGAGAAGAUCUUGGAAGCAAAUGCGGGAGCUUCCGUCUCGCAGCUUGCUGAGAAAAGGUGUAGGUUUUGAAGUGUUGGGGAAGAGACUUUACUUGAUGGGUGGCUGCCGAUGGUCUGAAGAUGCUACUGAUGAGACCUACUGUUACGAUGCUUCGAAAAACUCUUGGACUGAAGCUAAUCCCUUAUCAACUGCAAGAUGCUACUUUGCGUGUGAAGUUCUCGGCCAGAAAAUAUAUGCAAUUGGUGGAUUGGGUUUAAACUCAAGUGUUCCACAUUCUUGGGACACGUAUGAUCCUUGCACAAACAAUUGGACUUCUCACUCAGACGGAAACAUUGUUCCCGAAAUCGAAGAUUCUUUCGUAUUGGGUGAGAAAAUCUAUAUCCGCUGUGGCCGAUCCGCUGUAACUUCUCAAGUUUAUGCAGUAGUUUAUGAACCAUCAAGUGGAACUUGGCAACAUGCAGAUGCUGACAUGGUAUCAGGCUGGCAAGGGCCUGCAGUUGUAGUAGAUGAUACACUUUACGUGUUGGACGAGAGUUCUGGAACAAGGUUAAUGAUGUGGGAAAAAGAUCUUUGGGAGUGGGUGGCCAUAGGGAGGCUUUCACCCUUACUUACAAGACCGCCCUGUAAACUUGUUGCCGUUGGGAAAAGCAUCUAUGUGAUAGGGAAGGGGCGUAGCACAGUAGUCGUCGAUGUUAGCAAUGCAGGAAAUGGUGGAGGAAUGAUGGUGAGUUCUUCCAUACCUAAACUGACUUCAAAUGACGAGAUAAUUAAUUGUAAAUGUUUGUCCAUCUGAGUUUUACGGGCUUCGAUUCGUCGAAAGCUUAUGUUUCUGCAAAUAUUAAACAAAUCUCUGAUCUCAGAAAUGAAAGAACAUCACUCCUGUAAGUUACAUGUAUUAAUUCUAUACAAUACAUUUUAGAUUUCUUCUA